AGCCCGGCCAGCUGUGUGACGACGCGGGCCCCGGGGUCCUCGGCGCCCGCGCCCGCUCCUAUAAAGGCCGACGCCGCGCCGCGCCGCCGUAGUGGCCUCGUCCUCCGCGUUCCUCUUAUUGUGCGGACGCCGCCCGGCUCUCGUCAGCCUCCGGCCGUCAGUCCUUUGAGACCGAACACCAUGCCUUCAAUUAAGUUGCAGAGUUCUGAUGGAGAGAUAUUUGAAGUUGAUGUGGAAAUUGCCAAACAGUCUGUGACUAUCAAGACCAUGUUGGAAGUAUAUGUGCUGCUGACGCAAGACUUUUGCUUGCAUUCAUUCAAAUGCCAGGUGCUUUUUAGGUGCUGGGGUCAUAGCAGUGAACCACCUCUGCCCUUAUGGAGUUUACAUUCUAAAGAGGUCAUUCAGUGGUGCACCCACCACAAGGAUGACCCUCCUCCUCCUGAGGAUGAUGAGAACAAAGAAAAGCGAACAGAUGAUAUCCCUGUUUGGGACCAAGAAUUCCUGAAAGUUGACCAAGGAACACUUUUUGAACUUAUUCUGGCUGCAAACUACUUAGACAUCAAAGGUUUGCUUGAUGUUACGUGCAAGACUGUUGCUAAUAUGAUCAAGGGGAAGACUCCUGAGGAGAUUCGCAAGACCUUCAAUAUCAAAAAUGACUUUACUGAAGAGGAGGAAGCCCAGGUGCGCAAAGAGAACCAGUGGUGUGAAGAGAAGUGAAAUGUGCUGACACUGUAACACUGUAAGGAUUGUUUCAAAUACUAGUUGCACUGCUCUGUUUAUAAUUGUUAAUAUUAGACAAACAGUAGACAACUGCAGCAGCAAAUCCACUGUAUUAGCAGAAUAUUGUCCUCACCGCAUGUGUAGUUUGAGUACAGAUUCCAAACCUAUGGUUGACUUUCUUCUAGUAUGAUCGAAAGUUUCUUUUUUCUUUGCUCUGAAUAAAACUGAACUGUGGGUUCUCUAUAUAGAAAGUGGCAUUUGGGGCUUUCCCUCUUUUUUGUAAAGUGAUUUCUGCCUAGUUUAUUGUCCAGUUAAUGUUAGUGACCUUUUAAAAGUUGACAUUAUAUAUAAAACAACUUGCAAAGAAUUUUCUGAAAUAGAAUUAA